CUUGGAAUAAAGGCAAAGGAGGAAAAGAAAAUGUAUACAAACAAAAGAACAUAAUAAAGGAAAUUUAAUGUGUAAUGCAAAAUAAUAGACUUGGUUGUUUAUAGUAAAUGUAGAAGUUGUAAUUACUAGUUAGUAAAAUUAGUAAAUACUAAAAAUGUUGCAUUUCAGCAUUUGUGUAUAGUAGUAGUAAGAUAUAGUGAAGUGUUGAGCAUGUUUAAUCUUUAAUGUUAUCAAAUCGAGACUUAUAAACACGUUCUUAGAAUAAUGUAAAUAACUCGGUAUUAAAAUUAAAAACAUGCCAUAGAAAAUAAUGUUGAUAGUGGUAUCAUUUUUUAAACUACCCGGUGGCCGUUCAGUUCUGUUUGUUUAUGUAAAAGAUUUAUUUGUUCUUAAAAAUUUCAUGUUUCAAUUUUAUUUAUUUUGGAAUUUUGAGUUAUGAUUAUAAAAAACUUCGCUUAGAAUAUUGUUUAUAUUAAUUUAAUACCUAAUUUCUCGUUUUUGUUUUAAGUAGUAUUUAAUUUAAUACAAAUCCAAGAUGAGAACCGAAAACAACAAUGCUAAACCUGAAAUGUGUAUUAAGAAUAGGGAUAACUUAUAUAGACUUAUCAUAAGGUAAACUCCAGUAUAAUAUUUUACAUAGUAUUUAAAUUUGAAAAAGUUUUGAUUUAAUUUAGCCAACUGUUUUAUGAUGGUUAUUCAACAAUUGCUUCGAGCUUAGCUGCUCAAAUAAAUGCUGACCCACCUUGUUCGCCAUCAGAUCGACUUAUGAAUGUAGUGAUAAAAGGUUUACAGCAUGAAACUGAUAGACAGAAGGAAUCUGAACAAGCUUUAAUCUUAAAUCCCAUUCAGCAAAUGUUAAUUGGACCAGGCAUUGGUAUGUUUUAUAAAAGUGUUACAUAUAUUAGGUAUAUAGAUUUAGGAAUAAAUGCAGUUUAGCUCACAAGAAAUUUUUUUUUUUCUGAAAUGUGUGUUUUUACAUGUUUAAUUUUAUGGUACUUUCGCUNUAAAUGCAGUUUAGCUCACAAGAAAUUUUUUUUUUUUCUUAAAUGUGUGUUUUUACAUGUUUAAUUUUAUGGUACUUUCGCUCAAACUUUGUUUAGAAGUCAUGGUUAAAAAUCUUUUCUAAAAAUCUUGUUUUUGAGUUUGGAAUACUAAACAUUUAUAUUUUUGGAAUUUUUUUUAAAAAUGAUAGUAAUUAUAUGCUUAUAGUUUUGGUGAAAUAUAAAUUCACCUAUCAUAUUUACUUUUUAUUUAAUUAUUAAUAAACUAUGUAAAAUUCAAUUAUAAUGUUAUUUCAAUCAUUUGCAUAUUAUUUGCAAUUGAUUUUUUGGACUUUUUUUUUCAUUUAAAGUGUAAUAACAUAAAGAAGUUUUGUUGAAAUCUGAACUAACUAAUAUUUUUUGAUUUGGAAGUAAUAGGAAAAAUUAUGGAAAAAUGCAUCUUUUCUUAUGGAUACAUAAACAUCACAUUUUACCUUUGGAAAACAUAUAGUUUAUUUAAUACUAUUUUUAUUUUUUUCACUUACUGAAGCUAAAAAAAUUAAAAAAAAAAAAAAAACCCCGAUGAGAGGGAGUGCUGAGGGGCAUGGUAAAAUUAAUACAAUGAUUAUAACGUCAAAUUAUUGUUAUAAAUAUCAAAAUAUUUAAUAAAGUUUUAAAAUUUAUUUUUUUUUGAUAUAAAUUCUCAGAAUAAUCUCGACAUCUCCAUACAUAUAUGUUAAUGCAAUUAACUUUCAAACAUAACUAGAGAGGAUGUCCAUAAACGCAUUUGAAUGUGUUAUGUUUGGCAAUUAGCGUCUAAGAUUGCAAUUUUUCAAUUACUGCCAAAGAAACAACCCAUUGGUGUUUUUGCUUAAAUAUCGAAAAAAAUAUUAGUUAGUUCUGAUUUCACCAAAAACUUCUUUAUGCAAAUGAUUGAAAUAACAUUAUCAAUAAAUUAGAUUUUACGUGAUUUAUUAACAAUAGUAUAAAAAGUAAGUUCAAUUGGUGAAUUUUGAUUUCAUCAAAGCAUAUAAUUACUACCAUUUCUAAAAAAAAAUGUCAAAAAUAUAAAAAUAAAAUAUAUACAAUAUAAAUGUUUGGUAUUUCAAACUCAAAAACACGAUUUUUAGAAAAAUUAAGCAUUUUAAAGUUUUUUUACCAUAACUUCCAAAUGAAAUUUGAACAAAUUUUUUUGAAAGUGCCAUCAAAUUAAGCAUACAAAAUACAUUUUGGAAAAAAAAUUCUAAAAAAUCGCUCAAGAGUUAAACUGCAUUUAUGCCUGGAUUUAUAUUGAUUUUUAACAAUUGAUUAGAUUUGGAAUUUGAAACCAAUGUUAGUUGUACUGCUCCUGAACCAUCUCUUUAUGAAACUGUAUAUGUAACAUCCCACAAAGGUGCCUGUAGAGCGGGUGCUUUUAGUCCUGAUGGACAGUUAAUCGCAACAGGAAGUAGUGAUGCUUCAAUUAAAGUAAUUAUAUUUCUUAAUAUUUUAUGGAUUUAAAUAAAACUUAUAUUUUGAAUGUUAUACAUAUUUGAAAUUAUAUUUAUAGAUCUUGGACGUUGAAAGAAUGCUGGCUAAAGCACAUGAUCUUGGUAAUACUGAUAAUCAAGAAGGACAGGGACAUCCAGUAAUUCGGACAUUGUAUGAUCAUUUGGAAGAAGUAUCUUGUUUAGAAUUCCAUCCAAAUAAACCAAUUUUAGCCUCAGGUUCUCGUGAUUGUCAUGUUAAGCUUUUUGACUAUUCAAAAACAUCUGUGAAGAAAGCUUUCAAAACAAUAAAUGUAAGAUAUUUUAAACAAAAUUAAUUUCUCAUUUUAAAAUUCUGUAAUAUAAUUGUGUAUGUUUUAUUAAUAAGUAAUACAGGGUUUCCUAUAAAGAUAUACCCAUUGUAAUAUUUCAGAAGGUUAUUUGAUUAGGAAAUUUAAUUAUUUUAAUUAAUCAAAUUCUGUUUUUUUUUUUUCUAAUCGCAGGGAUAAGGACUACAAAUAUUUAUACUGCAAUCAAUUUUGUAUGUUUUGGCAAAAUAUUUAAAAAAUAACUUUUUAUUUUUGAAAUAUUUGAAGAUAGCCAUUUCAUAGAGUUCAUUCUUUUGAAAAUUUUGACGUAUCAACUUUUUAUUUUCAUUAAAUUUGUGGUUUUAAAUAGUUUUUUUUUAAAAAAAAAAGAAAUGCAUAGUCAAUUAAUCGUAAUAAUAAUAAUAAUAAUCAGAGAAUGUGAUUAUAGAAGGCUGUAAUGCUGCAUAAUUAUAUGUUCUGUUCUCUGAACUUUAAAAAAUUAUUAAAAAUGACAAAUUUAUGAAAAUAAAAAGUUUAUAAAUCAAAUUUUUCAAAAAUAAUAAAAUAAAAUUUUUUUAUCAAAGCAUGAAAAAUUAAUUGCAAUAUAAAUAUUUGUAGUCUUUAUCCCUGUGAGUAAUAUAAAAAAAAAAAAAACAGAAUUUGAUUAUCUUUAUUAUCAACGACAAUAUUACAAUGUGUAUUUUCAUGGGACAUGAUGUAUUUAAAUAAUUUUACAUAUUAAAUCAUUGUUUAUCACUUGUAAAAUAUAGCAAUAGCUUAUUGUUUGAGUUCUAAUUGGAGAUGUAUGAUACCAAUAAUUUUAUUUUAAUACUUCAUAAGUUGAUAUUUGAUAUAUUUUAACCAUAUGAAAAUAUUAUCAUGUGCUGGGGAAAACUUCCCAAGUGAAAUUUUGGCCUGAGAAAUCCUUUGUAUGAUUCAUGCUAAUUCUACAUCCCAAAUUUAUCAAAAUGUCAAUCAUUUCACUGUAUUUAAAUAAGUAGAUAAUAAUAACAAUUAGAGAGUAUAGGAAAUUGUAGUACCCUUAAAAAAAAGUAGUGUUUUAGAGUAAACAUAUUCAAUCUUAUAACAUGAUAUAAGUUGUAUAACAUAACACAUUAUUAUAAUAAUUAAUAUUUAAUGUUUUAAUAAAAAAAAAUCUUGUUUCUGAUGCUUAAUACCAAAGGUCUAAACCUAAGUUUCCAGGUCUCUGAUCUAUCUAUUAUAUGUACCUAGUUCUAAUCUGUUGAUGUGAUAAGGUUUACAAAAACUUAAAGACUUGUUUUGAAAUUCUAAUUAAAUAUAACAUGGUUUACAAUUUUGUUCAUAAAUAAACAUAUUAUAAAUGUGUAUUAAACCAAUUGGUUAAAAAUCAUUUUUUGACAAAUUUAAGUCUUUGUGUUACUAGAUAAAAUCGUACUGGAAUAAUGAUUGAUGUACAAAUAUGAUAGAGACAAAACCUAAUUGUUCAAAGAGCUCAGCCCAUAUAUUUUAUAAUAAAUAAAUAAAACAUCUCCUCCUUAAAUGUUAACAAUUUUGUUUUUAUGCUUUCUAGGAUGUCGAACCGAUAACAUGUCUAAGUUUCCAUCCUCUAGGAGACUUCUUAGUAAUGGGUACAAACAGCCCUGUUAUUAGACUAUAUGAUAUAAAUACUGUUCAAUGUUAUGUUUGCUCACUUCCUAGUCAUCAACAUACUGGUCCAGUUACGUCUAUCAAGUAUAUAAUUUAUUUAAUAUUUGACAGCUAUGUGAUUGAUAUAUUUAUUGUUAAUUGUGAUGCAUCAGGUAUGAACCAAGUGCUAGAUUCUUUGUAUCCUCUAGUCGAGAUGGUUCUAUUAAAUUAUGGGAUGCUGUGUCAAAUAAAUGUGUAAACACAUUUGACAAAGCACAUGAUGGUAGUCAAGUGUGUUCUGUAACAUUUUCAAGAAAUGGAAAGGUAAUUUGGUGAUAUUUUACAUUUUUAAAUUAUAUCUUAUUUUUUUAAUUUUUAGUAUAUAUUAUCAUCUGGUAAAGAUUCAUUAGUAAAACUUUGGGAGUUGUCUACUAGCAGAUGUCUGAUAGCAUAUACAGGAGCUGGAACAACAGGUGAUAUGUUAUGCAUUUUAUUCAUAUUUGUGUACAAUAAAUAUUAAAUGUAAUUAAAUAGGUAAACAAGAGCAUCGCACACAAGCAUUGUUUAAUCAUACAGAAGAGUAUGUCAUGUACCCAGAUGAAGCCACUACAUCUUUGUGUGCCUGGAAUGCACGGAAUGCUUCUCGACAACAACUUUUAUCAUUAGGUUAAUUCGGUUUAGUUAAAUAUAUUAAAAUGUAUUAAUUUUAAGUGUAUUCAAAAUUUUAAUUAUUAUAUAUAUUUUAUCUAGGUCAUAAUGGUCCAAUCCGUUCAAUAGUGCAUUCUCCAAAUUCAGCGGCAUUUUUAACUUGUUCAGAUGACUUCAGGGCCCGAUUUUGGUAUAGAAAACACUUGAUUGGCGUAUAAUUUCUAUUUUAAUUUUUUUCUCCUUAAACUAAUUUUUGUUUUUUAAUACUCUGAAAUUCUGAUUAUUUUGUAAUAUUUUAUUUAAUAAUCAAUAAGAAUAGAACUUUGGUUUUUUAAUAUUUUUAUAAAUAAUUUGUCCAUAUUGUUUGCAAUUAAGUUUUAAAAUAGUGAAUUGAAUUAUUAAUAUUUAUUAUUAUCCAAAUUAUCUUUUUUAUUUUUGACAUAGUAGUAAUAAGAAAAUUAAACAUUUAACGAAAAUAAAUUUCAACUAAACAGUCUUCAGCAAAUAUUAUUAAAUACACAACCUAACCCGAUUAUUUGUAUAAUAGUUGAAGGUACCUUUCACCAAAGUAAACUAAGUUGUUAAUCAGAUUUUUAAACCCAGAGAACGAACAGAGAUUGGUCAGUUAUCUCAUAAAAUCACUUUAAAAAUCACCAUUUAUGUUGGUAACAUUUGAUUGUCAUACUUUCAUCAAAAUAUGAAUAUGUAGAUCAAAUUUGAAUGGUCUUAAACUUAUAUCUGAAGAAAAAAUAAAAAGAUUUUAUUAAUGUGGGUCAGUCAAGCUUAUGAAAAGCCAC